GGAUCAGUGCUUGUGGCUGGGGCUGGACCGGGACAGGAGUGCGGACGGACGGCUCUUCUGCGCGAAGGAAACGCGCAUCCAGGACUUUAUUUCCCAUUUUCUUCUCCUACAUCCCCCUUUCUGUCUCGGCUUUAUCUCCAGAUGAGAUGAGGACAUAAUCAACAGGGGAUCAGCUGCUUAAGAAGUUUUGAAGUAGUAAAGAGUUCGGACAGGAGAAGAGGAAGAUGCUGGGGUUAGAGGUCAUCGUGCUCUGCCUUCUUUUUGGAGCCCUGACUCAAGGCCAGACUGUGGACUGCCCAGACAAGAAGCAUAGGUGCCCCAUAGACGUGUACUUCACCAUCGACACAUCAGAGACCAUCGCCCUGCAGGAGUCACCACCUGGAGCACUGGUGGAAAGCAUCAAGCAAUUCACUGAAGAGUUUGUAAAUCGUUUGGAAGAUGAGGAAAUCAGGGGAGUGGUGCAAAUCAGCUGGAGCAUAGGUGGACUGCACUUCUCUCAGACACAAAGAGUUUUCAGCAACUUCACAACCAAGAGUGAAUUCGUCAGGGGUGUCAGGAGGAUCAAUUAUCUGGGAAAGGGCACCUUCACUGAUUGUGCCCUCAAAGCCAUGACGGAGAAGAUGCUGAGCUCAACCACAGACCCCACACCCCUCCGAUUUGCUGUGGUCAUCACUGAUGGCCACGUGACUGGAAACCCGUGUGGGGGCAUCAAGGUGGCAGCAGAGGAGGCUCGCGAGAAGGGCAUCAGGAUGUUUGUCGUGGCAGCAGCAUCAAAGAAUAUUGAGGAGACAGCCUUGAGGGAGAUUGCCAACUCUCCAGCGACCGUCUAUAGGAGGGAAUUCAUGGCUGUGGAUCUGAGCCAGGGCAGAGCCAUCAUAGACACAGCCACUGCUGACCGCAUUAUCAAGACAAUGAAACAUGUGGCAUACACAGAGUGUUACAAAGUGUCCUGUCUGGAGACCGAAGGGCCUACUGGUCCGAAAGGGCACAGAGGGCAGAAAGGAGCUAAAGGAGACAAUGGCGAUCCAGGAAUAAAAGGAGACAGGGGUCGUCCAGGAGACCCCGGUAUUGAGGGUCCCAUUGGUCAGCCCGGUAUUAAAGGUGAACCAGGUCUCAAGGGCGAAAAGGGAGAGAUCGGUACUCAGGGGAAAAAGGGUGUGGCUGGCAUUGCAGGACGCAACGGGACGGAUGGGCAGAAGGGUAAAAUUGGACGGAUUGGCGCUCCAGGCUGCAAAGGAGACCCAGGCGACAGAGGUCCUGAGGGUCACCCUGGAGACGUUGGUGAUCGUGGUCUUCCAGGAACGAAUGGAGAGAAGGGAGAUCCUGGACGCCCUGGAAGACCUGGUCUUUCUGGCUCAUCUGGAGACCCUGGACCAAAGGGAGAGAGGGGAGGUGAUGGAUCACCUGGUCUUCCUGGAGUGAAAGGACCACAAGGGGAACCUGGAAAGCCAGGAAUCAAAGGCGAGCCAGGGAGAAGAGGAGACUAUGGACCAAAGGGUGGACAAGGGCCAGAUGGCACUAAGGGGGAAAAGGGUGAAAUGGGAUCAGAGGGCCCAAGAGGACUUGCAGGCGAAACAGGAAACAAAGGAUCAAAGGGAGACAGUGGCUUGCCAGGACCCAGAGGACCAGCAGGGCCGCCAGGAGAGCAAGGGAAAAAUGGUACAAGAGGUGAUGCUGGUGAUGCUGGACCAAGAGGAGACCCUGGUCAGUCUGGACCGAAGGGAGACCCUGGAAGGCCUGGCUUUAGCUAUCCUGGAACAAGGGGGAAAACUGGCGAGAGAGGAGAAAAGGGCAAUCUUGGACCUCGUGGCAGCAGAGGAGACUGUGGACAAAAGGGCGAGCCAGGAAAUAAAGGAGGUCCAGGAGAACCAGGUGAGCCAGGGCCCCCGGGUGAACCUGGACCAAGAGGACGGAGAGGAGAGCCUGGCCGUGACGGCGAUCCUGGCCCAGAGGGAGAUCCAGGUCUCUCUGAAUGUGACGUCAUGAACUACAUCAGAGAGACAUGUGGCUGUUGUGACUGUGAGAAACGCUGCGGCGCUCUGGACAUUGUGUUUGUUAUUGACAGCUCAGAGUCAGUGGGUCUCACUAACUUCACCCUGGAGAAAAACUUUGUCAUCAACACCAUCAACAGAUUGGGAUCCUUUUCCAAAGACCCUGAAUCAGAGACAGGCACAAGGGUAGGAGUUGUUCAGUACAGUCACAGUGGAACCUUCCAAGCCAUACGGCUCAACGACCCCAAGAUCGACUCACUCUCUGCUUUCAAGGAUGCAGUGAAGCGCUUAGAGUGGAUUGCUGGAGGAACGUGGACUCCAUCCGCCCUGAAGUAUGCUUACGACAACCUGAUCAGGGACAGCCGCAGAGCCAAAGCUAACGUCACCGUUGUUGUUAUCACUGACGGACGCUUUGACCCGAGAGACGACGAUAAGCUGCUCACCUACCUCUGCAGUGAUCCCAGUGUAGAUGUGAGCGCCAUCGGUAUCGGAGACAUGUUUGAGCAAAUUGAGGAGAAUGAGAGUCUGCAGAGCAUCGCCUGCCAGAGGAGUGGAAGGGUGAUGGGCAUGAGACGCUUCGCGGACCUUGUGGCUGAGGAGUUCAUUGACAGGAUUGAGACUGUGCUCUGCCCAGAACCAACCAUCGUAUGCCCGGAUCUGCCUUGCAAAUCAGAGCCUGCUGUGGCUAGCUGUGUCCAGCGGCCCGUGGAUGUGGUGUUCAUGCUGGAUGGUUCUGAGAGAAUGGGACUGGAGAACCACCGCAGGGCCAAAGAGUUCAUUGCGAAUGUGGCCAACCGCCUCAUCCUGGCCAAGGGCGAGAAAGACGAGAGGAAUGCCCGCUUGGCUUUGGUGCAGUACGGCAGCCCCACAGAACAGAGGGUGGAGUUCAUUCUGACACACAAUCUUACAGUGAUCUCUAACUCACUGGCAGCUGUUACCUACAUGGAUUCCUCUUCUGCUUUGGGCAGUGCCAUCAUCCAUGCUGUCAACAAUGUGGUGUUUAAGACCGGUGGCUCUAGAGCAGAGCGCUACACACGCCGCAACGCUGAGGUGUCCUUUGUGUUCAUCACCGAUGGCAUCACAGCCAGCGAUCAGCUGGAUGAGGGUGUGAGUGCCAUGAAGAGAGCAGGGGGCGUUCCCACUGUAAUCGCCAUGGGAACCGACCUUGAUGAAGAGGUGCUCCAUAAGGUGUCACUCGAGGAUUCGUCGGCCAUCUUUAGAGGAGACGACUACUCCAUGCUGAACAAACCCGCAUUCUUGGAGCGCUUCAUCCGUUGGAUAUGCUAGUGAGGAACUGUAACCCUACACUGUUGAGUUAAAAUGCAUAGGGUGAAAGAAGGACCAGCUCCUUCAGUGUAACGUAAACACACAAAAAUGAUCAUUAUCAUUACUGGAUGCAAGGCACUGAGACGCCUUUUUAUGGGUGAAGAUUCAUUUAGCUACAAAAACCUGAACAAUCCAUGCAGGACCGACACAUACAUACACAAAGACAUACAGUCAACAUUUGUAACUUGCUUAGUCUGUUAUCUGUGGUCAGCACAGCACCAAAGACACUCAUAACUAUCCCAGAGCAGAGGUGUAUGAUUAUUGAAUGUGUACCAAACAAAUUGUAGGCUUUAUUUUGUUUUUGUUUUUUACUUUGUACGGAUUUACAGUUUGCAGAAACAGUCACUUCCUCCCCCUCUCUUUCUGUCUCUCUCUCUCUGUCUCUAUGUGGAUCUUGCACUCUCUCCUCACAAAGUCAAUAUUUGCAUUUAAAGGUGCUAAAAUAGAAUAAAAGGGCAAAGCCAUUUGUCUGGUUCUGAAACCUUUUUUCUGUCAUAUUUUUGUGUAAUUGCUGUAGUUCAUUCAGGUUGUUAAAACAUGUAGACGUGUCUUAUCCGGGGAGGGAAAAUAAAAGAUCAGAAAAUUUCCCACAUCCCCAUAAAUCACAUAUCACAUAGUUAAAAUACACAUACACACAAAAAUGGAAGUAACAAUACUGUAAACAAGACGAAGAACUCCUAAUAAAACCUAAUGUUGUGACCCCAA